AUGGCCGCACCUCUCUCACCAGAGAGCUUUCAUCGGUCAAUCAUCAACGCCAUCAUGAGUAACAACUCCGUAGUCCCAGGCCGCGCUGAACUUCCUGGUGACUCGGGUACCAUAAGACUGGUCGAGCUCGAGGGUUCACCUGGUCGAACUCUUUCGUCUUCAUCAGUCGGUGAUGGAUCGUCUGGAUACGAGGCGAGUGAGUCGUCUGACAACCAGCAUGCCUGCAUCAAGAAGCGAGGCAACGUCAACGUCAACAAGAAAACCGGCAAAGCCAAAGACCGACAUGUCAAGAUUGUCACCUCGAGCGAUGUAGAAUCCUCAGAGAACGCUGAAACUACUGAGUCAGCUGGUGACGAAACCACCGACAGAAGCAACAAGUCUUCACCAAAGGCAAAGAACAAAAACAAGAACAAGAAGUCCAAUACGACCAAGUCUAUGCCCUCUACCGACAACGAGUCUUCUGCACAUACAGAAGAGGUUUCCACUGACGCCGAUACUUCGGGUAAGUCCUCUCGGGUUUCUACCAAGGAUCCCAACUGGUCCGUCUCUGAGGACUGUCGACUUCGAAGCAUGAAGGAGGCCGGUGAGACUUGGAAAUUUAUCACCACAUCUCUUUGCAAGACCAAGACUGAUGUCAGAGCUCGCUGGAAGGUCCUUCGGAGCCAGUCCAGUGCUUCGGAACCGACUACUGAGGCUGAGGAAGACGAGGCCGAAGAUAACUAUGACUAUGAGAACGACGAGGAUGAGCAUGGCGAUGCGUACGAGGAUGACUAUGAGUACGAGUACGAGGACGACGAUGGAGUUGACGAUGAAGAAGAGUCCGACUCCAAUGCCAAGGACAACACCUCAACCAACAACAACAAGUGGCACAAGGGACCUCGCAACGACAAGGUCGCCAUCGAGAACAAGUGGGCUAAAGCUCGUGCUAAGGCCAAGGCCUCUGACGAAGGUGACUCCGUUGCAUCAGGCCAAGAGACCUCUGACGAAGGUUCCGUAUCUUCCUCAUGUCUCGGGUACGGCGACCCUGAGAAGGAGAAGCAAAGGAAAUAUCUCCAGGAUCACAUCUACAAGGAGAUGUACCCAGCCGAGAUCCAUCCCGAGCCUGACGCCUACAUUGGCAAGCGAGACUGCGACAUCCUUGCAAGCCUCGACAGCAAGUACAAGAAAUCUCGCUGGCUCGAAAUGCAAGCCAACUUCUACAACGUCACGGGCCGCAUGGUUCCCCUUGAGGCGAUCCGAGCCAGAUGCGAGCGCGCUGAAGCUGAGGAGGAGGAGCGUUCUGAGGCUCGAAAGCUCCAAAAACGCCUCGACAAGGUCGAGAACUGGAUUGCCAAGCAGUCGCAUGAGGACUCGGAGGAAUGA